GGACCGGACCUCACUUUGGAGUUCGGCUCUGCUCCCCCGGUCACCCUCCUCCGCGCGCGAUGGCGGCGAGCGGCGGCGCGUACUCGUGCGAGACGGCGGCGCGGACCCGCGAGUGGAUGGAUGCGCUCGCGGCCUUCCUCCGCCGGCACCGCCCGCUCCUCGAGGCCCACGUCGUCAACUUCUUCAAGGAUAGGUUGUGGGAGAUGGUGGACGCCGAGUGGAUGGAGUGCCUCCGCCGGGAGCCCGUGGAGAGUCUGCUCAAGUUACCCUCCGGAUGCGUUCAGGAACACUGGCCCAGUACACUACAAGAAUUUGUGCUUAGUGCCAGGUCACUUGUUCUUCCACGGGAGCAGAAGCCACCACAAUCACUCGUACCUGAUUUGCAUGUAGCUUCAAUUGGUACUGUUCUCGCUCAAGGCAUGAACUCAAAGAAGAAGCACGAAAUUGAAACUCUAGCUGGGGUGGUUCAUGCAAUUUCUAAGAGUCAUGGAGCCAAGACAGUGGUUGAUGUAGGUUCCGGCCAGGGUUAUCUCGCGCAAGCUUUAUCUUUUGAGUAUCAAUUGCCAGUUAUAGCGAUAGAUGCUUCGUCACAUCAUGCAUCAGUUACAAACACUCGUGCAGAGAGAAUAAAGAAGCACUACGCUGCUAAAUGUGUGGAGAAGCAACAGCUCAUAGUACCCAGGACUGUCACUUGUCAUGUUCUUUCUAGUGACACAUUGGCAGCUGUCAUGUUAGAUGUGUGUAAGGAUGAUCAUGUUGAACAUGCAAGAGAAACUAAGAACUGUACUGAGAAAAUACCUCAAAUUCAGGAACCAAAUCAUAGCAUUCCUCCAUUAAUACUUGCUGGUCUUCAUGCCUGUGGUGAUCUUUCAGUUAACAUGCUAAGAGUCUUUGUGUCAUGUGAACAAGUAAAAGCAUUGGUAAGUGUUGGCUGCUGUUAUAACUUGCUUUCUGAAGAUUGUUAUGAGGGUACAAACACCUGUCCUGGUUUUCCUAUGAGCAAGGCUGCUAAACUAUCUAACUUGGUGAUUGGGAAAAGCAUCCGUGACCUUGCUUGUCAGAGUGCAGAGAGAUGGAGAAGUCUCACCAAGGACAUUGCGCUACAAAAUUUUGAUAUACAUGCCUUCCGGGCUGCUUUUCAAAUUGCACUUGAGAAAUUUUUUCCAGAGGUUUCAAAACUGAGUCCAUCAAUUGGAAGGCAAGGAAAAGCUCUACGACGUCAGAGGCUUCGUAAAGUUAUGGAAUCCCAUAUGGCUGUGGAGAAAACUGAUGAUUUCUCCUGUUCUACUUUAAAGGAACAAAACAUGAACACAGAUGACGUUGAUUCAUCCAUAUAUGGAGUUGACACAAGACCAAGUGAUAUCCAUCAUGAUGAAUGUCGAAAGUUUGCCCUUUUCAGAGAUUUCACAAUAGCAGGAUUAGGUCGCCUUGGCUGUGGUUCAGUGGAAGAUGCUAGUCUACUUGAGAUAUGGAACGAAAUGCAACCCCUUGCUGAAUAUAUAGGUCCCUUUUGGUGCCUUCGGGCUGCUUUAGGUCCACUGGUGGAAACAUAUAUUUUACUUGAUCGGUUACUGUUUCUUCAAGAGCAAGGCGAUCCAGUUGAAGCAUUGUUGUUUCCUCUAUUUGAUCCCACUAUGUCUCCUAGGAACAUGGCAGUAAUUGCUUGGAAGUUAUCUGCAAAUCCUUCAGAAGCAUGAUAUGGUAAAUCUUCUGAUGCCGGAAUAUGUAGGUUCAUGGGAUGGUGUGUCGGUAUCAAAGUGUAAGACGGGUUCUUGUCCUACGGCAGAACCUGUUCUUUCAUUAGAUGUCGAUACGAUCCUUAUACAUGCUAUCUUGCCUUAUAAAAUAACCACAGCUGGCAGCCAUAUCAACCUGUUGAUUUGAUCUGCAGCUAUAUGCAUGUUCAUCUUGAUCUUGAAUGAAUGUAAAUCCAAACUCUGAAGAUAGUCUUAGCUUUGGGAAUGAUGAGAGCAAUGUUUUUCCCUUUCAA